AUGACGGCAUCUACAGUGGGACAUGCGUCUUAUCGCUACAAAACCAUGCUCAAGGCCAAUAUCUUUGUCCAACUGUUUACGCUUCCAGAGAACAUUCAGCUCCGAGUCAAUGCCAUCUUUAGCCGUGAGGUUUCGGUGAGCAAGACGAGUCAAAUGGACGGAAUCGUGAAGAGAAUGGCAGGUGACAUGAUGAAACGCAUGCAAGGUCAGACUAUGGAAGCUCAUUACCUCACCAUCAUCUUCAAGGGUCUCGAGGCCAUGGAUUCAGAGGGCGAGUUUUGUCUUUGCCCACAAUAUAAAUGCGAUCCGACCCUCCAACCCCGAGGCCGGGGUAUGCGAGUGUCAUUCAACCUAGGGAAUGUGGAUCAGGUCUCUGACGAGCUCCGCGAUAACCCCCAACGAUCCCGGAAGAGACAGCGCACAGACUCGCUGUCGGACGCGGUGUUGGAAGAAACACAAGGAUCAGAAUCCGUGAAGCCCAGUAGUGUCAAGGUACCUUGCUCCGAUUUUACCAUGGGUCUUUCAACCGAUACAUUAGCGGGGGCCUUGUCAACAAAGUACGGAGUUCCCGUCUGGCAAGCCCAAGCCUUUCUGCAACAACUGGAAUCCAUGGAAGGUUUUCGACCGCAUCCAUACAAGAACCCCGUGGGGUACUGGUUCCCAACCUUGGUCAUCGAAGCCAAGGCGUUCUCUACAGGAAGGAGUCUGUUCGAGGCCGAGAACCAGGCUGCCGUUUCGGCGUGCUACAUGCUCAAUGCUCUACAACGUUUCGCCGAUUCGUAUGAUGGAGCCGUGCAACAAGCCAUCCCGCCGCCGACACCCAUCGGCAAAGACACGCCUCUCGUCUUCUCCAUCACUGUAUACGGACCGCUGCUGCAGCUUUGGGUUCACUAUGCAUUGAAGCACAACAAUUCCACGUCGUAUCACAUGAACAUCCUCAAGUCAUGUCACGCCUGCGUCACUAGCGAACUGCAAGCCUUUCUUGCCAUGGUCGACCAAAUCAUGAGCUGGAACAAAGCUGAGGUCUUGCCGGAGAUGAUGAACCAAGUGGUCCAGCUCUCAAAUAUCCUAGACUUCGAAGCGAUUGUUCUAGAGGGGUGA